UUUCCGUAGGCUCCUGGCUCCUGGCUCCUCUUAGGCUCGGCAGUAUUGGAAGCGCGCAGGCGCGGCUUGGGGCUCCCAGAACGCGGAGUAGCGGAGCGGGACGCGCGGGAAUCAUCAGCCAGAGACCUGCCAGAGACCGCAAGAAAACAUGGGGAGGGUUUUCCUCACAGGAGAAAAAGCCAAUUCAGUAUUAAAGCGCUACCCAAGAGCUAAUGGACUUUUUGAAGAAAUAAGACAGGGCAACAUUGAGCGUGAGUGUAAAGAAGAAGUCUGCACAUUCGAGGAAGCUAGAGAAGCUUUUGAAAAUAAUGAAAAAACUAAGGAGUUUUGGAGCACCUACACGAAAGCGCAGCAAGGAGAGAGUAACAGAGGAAGUGACUGGUUUCAAUUUUACCUUACCUUUCCAUUAAUUUUUGGUCUCUUCAUUAUCCUUCUUGUCAUUUUCCUAAUCUGGAGAUGCUUCCUAAGAAACAAAACUCGUAGACAGACAGUGACUGAAGGCCACAUUCCUUUCCCUCAGCACCUCAAUAUCAUCACUCCACCUCCCCCACCUGAUGAAGUGUUUGACAGCAGUGGAUUGUCUCCAGGCUUUCUAGAAUAUGUGGUUGGUCGUUCAGAUUCUGUCUCCACUCGCCUAUCCAACUGUGAUCCCCCACCUACCUAUGAGGAAGCUACUGGCCAGAUGAACCUGCGGAGAAGUGAAACAGAACCUCAUUUAGACCCACCCCCGGAGUAUGAGGACAUAGUCAACUCCAACUCAGCCAGUGCCAUUGCUAUGGUGCCUGUGGUCAACACCAUCAAAUGAAGCUGUAAACUUCUUUUUACUCUAAUUGUUUUUAAAUUACUAAUGAAAGGACUUUCCAGCACUUUACCACUACAUAAAUGUGCAUUGACUUAUUUCAUUGGAUUCCUACAGCAUACCACUUCAUAAUUUCUAGUUUGAUUUUCUUUAGUUUUGUUUCCUAUUAAAAAUCAUUAUCUGUGCUCAUUGUUGCCAAAGGAAAUAUGUGAAGAGAGAAAAACAUACCAAUGGGGGGUCUUCAUGUGCUAUGAUGAGAUACAUACAUAUAUAUAUAUAUAUAUAUACACACACACACACACAUGAGUAUGUGUAUAUAUACGUGUGUGUAUCAACAUAGUAUGUGUGCAAUUGUCUUGAAAAUCCAUUAACAUCUUAAAUCACCUGUAAAGAGAAUACUCAUGAAAAUUGGACAAAAGGGACACCCAGGUGAUAUAAGAUAGCCAUCAAUUUGCUGUAGAUUCUUGCAAAAAGGAUUUAACUAGUAUGUUUUAUGAUUCUUACUGGCUUCUGUUAGCAUUUUUUUCCUUCAUCUAUCUUAAAAUGGAAAAUUCAUAGAGUGAUUCUUAAUUUUAGAAACAUCUCAGAAAGUGAGAGAGAGUGUGUACAAGAUAAGCAAUAAUUUGUUUGCAAUGUAUAGCAAGAAAAUCCUUGGUUGUUAGUAGUAUUUGACUCAUUUUAUACUAGGGAUUGUUUUGUUGUUGACCACCAUCCUCCAAAUUAAACAAUUUACUUAGCAUCUUUGAAAGUUUCAUGCUAUUAAUAUUAAUAACUUUGUGUGGAGGAUUUCCUGGCAACAAAAUUUGUAAAGUGGAUAUAUACUAACAACAGACACUAGAUACCAAUUAAUUACCCCUUUGCUGAUGAGUGGCAAUAAUUAUUUUCUUCUUGCUGUGCACUCUUCUAUUCUGUGUACUCUCUCCUACCACUGCAGAAUCUUCAAGCACCUAAGAGUUAAGUUUUUUGAAAUGAUUUUCAUGAUGGUUUUGUACAGGCUGAAGUCUUUGCCUCAGGCUUAUUAGGAGGCAGUUUUCCACUAAAUUAUGAACUGUGAUUUUUAUAUUUUUCUCCAAUUGGUGGAAGAUUGCAAAGUAUGUGUUGUAACAAGUGCAUACUGAAUCUAAUUAUAGCCCUGCAUAGAUUUCAUUAUUCUUGCUACUUUGUUUUGUAGUUUCAUUAGUUUUUUUUAACUGCAGGCUUUUUACUUUUCCCUUGGAGAAGAGGGAAUAGGCUGUGGAUAAACUGCCAACAUAAAGUGUCUGAGUAGUUGCUUUAUAAAGUUCCAUUAUGUAUGCAGUGAUGGUAAAUUCGUUAGAUUAUUCACAGAAAAUUCAUUAGAUUAUUCACGGAAAUAUCUUUCUACUACCAAGUCUUGUCUGUGUUGGAUAAAAUGGCGGAUACAGAGGUAGGUGGACAUUGUGGUGCAGCAGGUUAAGCCACUGCUUGGGACACCUGUAUCCCAUACGGGAGUGCUGGUUCCAGUCCCUGCUAUGUGCUUCCAAUCUAGCUUCAUUCUAAUGCACCUGGGAGGUAGCAGAUGAUGGCUCAAGUACUUGGGUCAUUGCCACUCACAUUGGAAAUCUGGACUGAGUUCCAGGCUCCUGGCUUUGGCCUGGUUCAGCCCUGGCUGUUUCAGGCAUUUGGGGAGUGAUCCAGCAGAUAGAAGAUCACUUUCUCUCGCUCUCGCUCUCGCUCUCACUCUCUCUCUGUUAUUCUGCAUUUCAACUAACUAAUAUUUGAAAAUAAAACAAAACCACUCCAUCCCCACUGACUCCUCCCUCAAUUCUGCCCCAGAAUCAAAGGAAGGAGGGAAAACUGCAAGGAAUCCUGAACUAGGAGUCAGAUAGCCUAACUUUUAACCCCCUUCUGCCAUAUACUUGCCAUGGUACCUUGGACAAGACCCCUAUUUGACCCUCAGACUCCUCAACCUGAAAACAGGGAUAGUAUCAUUUGUCCUGCUCUUCUCUGGGGGCUUUAAAAGGAUCAAAUGAGAUGGUGUGUGUCGAAGUAAUUUCUAAAAUGUGAAGACUUAUCUAGAUAGAAGAUCCUAGCAUCAGUACUGUGCUUCAGAGAAGUUUCUCUCUCUUUUUCUCUAAAAGUUAUCAGAGCGUUCACAUAGUGAGAAAUAGAGCAGGGUGUUCUAUAAAUUACUAACAUAGUCCUAGUCUAAGUGUGUGGAAUUUUAGUUAAACCCUGCCAUACUCUAUUCUAUACCAAAGCUGUGCCAACUUAAAGAUAAUGGCUAACUCAGCACAAACCAGGUUUAAGCAAAUGUUGGAAAGGGAACCGAAGUGUUUUUAAUUAAUAGGUUUUGUAGCUUCCUUGAACUAAAACUGACUAUAUCUUGACACUGAUCUCAGAAAUGACAAUAUUGUUUUGAGUGUUGCCAUGAGUACAUGGCAAUCUUUGAUUUCUAGUUAAAGCUGAAGGUAGGAGUGUUUGAUACAAUGACGUAUUUGUGAGGUUUUUUUUUUGUUUUGUUUAUUUUUAAAUGAAAGUUAGGGCUCCCUUUUUUUAAGGUUCAUUUUGCGCUGACUUUUCUUUUAGUCAUUAAUGUCAGUCCCUGGGGUACCUUGAGAACAUUUCAGAGGAUUUGUAAGAUCAAAAUAUUUUCAUAGUAAUGUGAAGACAUCAUUUGUCUUUUCAUUCUGAUCUCUCAAAAAGAGUUGAAAAUGUAAAACCAUGCCACAUUCCCACACAUCUUUUUUCUGUUUUAGAAAAUAUGGAUAUUUUUCAUAAAAAUAUUAUUUAUUUAUGUUAGCAUGUAAUGGAUUUGUUGUUUUUAAAUGAAUUAAUACAGUAUUUCUUCAUUUUAUUUUCUAAUAUGAUAAAUAUUGAGACAUAAAUCUCAUAAACAAAAACUCUUUGACUUCCAGAUCCCCAUUUUAAGAAUAUAAUGGGGUCUGGAGACCAAAAGUUUGAGAACUACAGGAUUAGACAACAGAACAGGAUAUUCAAUUACUAAAUAUAUAUUCUUACAAAUUUAUUUUUACAUUUUAAAUUCCUGAUAUUAGAUUGAAUGCUGUCUCUCAGAGAUACCUGAAUUAAACUCUAAGGAUAAAUGUUGAUUCCUGAAGAAAAAAGCAAAAUGUUUAAACCAAUCAAUGACCACAGCUUUUUAGACAGUUUGUCAAACACACACAUACACACACACACACACCCAGUGUUACUCCAUAGUAAAAGCUCCAUCAGCUACAGAUCUCAUCAUGCCUUUCAUGUGAUGACAGAAUAAGCAAAAUACCACUUCAUUCAAGAAAUAUCAUCUGAGGAUUGCUCAUUUUGUUUGAAUGUGGUUUGGGUUUUAUAUUUUUAAAAUACUUUUUGCUACCCCAUCUGGUUUUAUAAAAUGAGUUUCCUAACAUUUAUUAUAAUUAAGGGGUUUGUCUGGAAUAAUAUGUAUUUUUAUGCUUUUAUCUUUCCUACCUGACUGAUAUUAUAUUCACCUUUGGUAAUUUUUAAUAAAGGUUUAUUUUUGCAGAAUAUAUUUAGUAUCUUUAUUAAGCAGUAACUAAAUUGAAUCAGUGGGUUUGCAUGUAAAUAAAAGAAUAGGCUCAACUGUCUUCCAGCAGAAUGAUUUCUAAGCUUCCACAUAUAGUGGUUGUAUCUUGAAUCCUAGAACUGACAAUUUUGCUUCCAUGCUCUAAAUGUCUCAAUAAAUUGUAUGCGUUUAAAGUAAAUAAAAUGAUUUAUCCUUUCCCUAUUGACCAAUACAAAUAGAGAUGUUGUGUUUUUUCAUUGCUAAUAAUGACAUUUUCAAGUUUGAUGAUCUGAUCCAGUUAACUAUGGAGGUAGCUUUAACUUGGUUCUAUAAAAAUAGCAUGUAUUUUAUUAUAAUAUUUCACAAUUUAAAUGCUUGGUUUACAUUAAAUUAUAGUAUUUAACUUUUAUGUUUAUACUAGGUAUGGUUUUUCUUAUGUUCCUGUGU